UUGUCAUUAAAAUAUUAAAAAGUAAAAAAUAUUGCAUUUAAAAGUUGGGCUAUUUUAUAAAAUAAAUAAUAAUUCUGAAUAAUACAUUAUACAGUUUACUAGUACAAAUAUUGUAUCCAAAAUAUUUGUUGAAUUUAUAUGUAAUUAUUAAAUCUUUAUAAUGUCUCAUGUAACUGACAUGAAAAUUCUAUUUUCUAGGUUGUGUUCUAUGAAAAAUGGCUUACCAUCCUUCAAAUAUGGAAAUAGAGCAUUCAGUCAAAAUGUGGAGAAACCACCACAACCAUUACCAAAAGGAAGUGUUAGUCCUUUGCCACCAUUAUCUGAGCCAAUGCCAAAUCUCCCCCCAGUGGUCUAUGCUUCUUCAAAGUCUGAAAACUACUCUACAGAAGUGACUACAUUAAGUAAUGGGUUACGAGUUGCAUCAGAAAAGAAGUUUGGUCAAUUCUGCACAGCUGGUGUUGUUAUUGAUUCCGGACCAAGAUAUGAAGUUGCUUAUCCUAAUGGCAUUUGUCACUUUCUUGAAAAACUGAGUUUUGGAGCAACUCACAAAUUUUCAACCCGAGAUGUUAUGCUACGAGAAUUAGAAAGACAUGGUGGUAUAUGUGACUGCCAAGGGUCCCGUGAUACCACAGUGUAUGCUACCAGUGCCGAUUCAAGAGGUCUUGAAGCCAUUACGCAGGUUCUAGCUGAAGUCACAUUGCGACCACAGCUAUCUAAUGAUGAAAUAGAAGCUGCCAGACAAGCAGUUGCAUUUGAACUGGAGACAUUGCAAAUGAGACCCGAACAGGAAACAAUAUUGAUGGACAUGAUACACGCUGCUGCGUACAAGGGCAACACACUCGGCCUACCGAAAAUCUGCCCACAGGAAAAUGUAUUUAAAAUAGACCGAGGUGUAAUACUCAAUUACUUGAAAAAUCAUUACACACCAGAUAGAAUGGUAGUCGCAGCUGUUGGGGUUGAUCACGGACCAUUUGUUGAAUAUGUGCAAAAAUAUUUUGUAGACAUGAAGCCGACAUGGCACACUGAAGAUAGUGAUUCUUUCAAGCCUCAGAUAGACAAAUCAAUUGCACAAUACACAGGAGGAUUGGAACAAGAAGAAUGUGAAAUACCACUCUACCCAGGAUCCGAUUUACCUGAAUUGUCUCAUGUCGUUAUUGGAUUAGAAAGCUGCUCUCACGGUGACCCUGACUUUGUGGCCACGUGUGUGCUCAACAUGAUGAUGGGCGGUGGCGGAUCCUUCUCCGCCGGUGGGCCCGGGAAGGGCAUGUACACCAGACUCUACACCAAUGUGCUCAACAGAUACCACUGGAUGUUCAACGCGACGGCGUACAACCACGCGUACGGCGACACGGGGCUGUUCUGCGUGCACGCCGCCGCGCCGCCCGCGCGCGCGCACGACACGGCGCUGCUCGUGGCGCGCGAGCUCGCCAACAUGGCCGCCAGCGUCGCCGACGCCGAGCUCAGGAGAGCGAAAACUCAGCUGCAAUCCAUGUUACUGAUGAACCUCGAAGCGAGGCCGGUGGUCUUCGAAGAUGUCGGUCGACAAGUUCUAGCGACUGGAAAAAGGAAGCCGCCAUCUUUCUUCAUCAACGAAAUUGAAAAGAUAACUGCUGAUGACAUUAUCCGCGUAGCGCGCCGCAUGCUCAGCAAGCGGCCGUGCGUGGCCGCCCGCGGGAAGCUCGUGCACUUGCCCAGUUUUGAAGAUAUCCAAGCCAAUAUGACUCUUAGUAAGAGCGAAUCUUCGCCUCAAGGCAGGCGGCUAAACCUUUUCCGCGUUUAAUAGUAUAUUUUAGCCUAUGUUCUCGUAUAUUUUGGCGUUAAAUAAAUUUAUUUUAGUUUUAUUUUCAA